AUGCAGGGCACCAUUCCGGGCAAGUUUCCGCCCAACUUGCUCAAGCUAUUCGCUCCCCGACCCCCACCUACCUUCAUCAAACCUCUCGGUCGGGACCCUCACGAACCCGGUCCCAACAAGCUGGACGGCGUGGCCGAAGUCCUCAAACGUCUACAUGCCGAGAAUGAGGAGAAGAUGUUGACCGAGGAGCAGACGGGACAGGGGAGCGAGGCCGAGGGCAAGGAAAAGGGGUUCACGUUGGCCAGAGAAUACCAGAGGCAGUUGAAACGGGAAGAGAAGAAGAAGCAAAAGGAAGAGUACAAGAAGAACCUCGAAAAGAAUUACAACCCGCAAGAGGAUCCCAAAGCUGAGGGUGACCCGUACAAGACCCUCUUCAUCUCCAAACUCUCCAAAAAAGUCACGGAAGAAGACCUCCGCAGAGAAUUCGAAAUGUACGGCGCGAUCGAGCGAAUCAGGAUCGUCAAGGAUAAAAAGGGAAAGAGCAAGAGUUAUGCGUUCAUCGUCUUUGAUCGGGAGAGGGAUAUGAAGGGUGAGUCUGAUGUCGACUGUCGCGAGCAUGUCGAGAUGAAGGAUGCGCUACCAUUUCGGUGA